AUGAGAGGAUCUUUGGUUGAGAUGCAGAAAAGUUUGUUUCGGCUUGCUUUUGUUCCAUCACAUGAUUAUACUGCCUGUGAAGUUUGUUCAAUAAACCCACGCGCAUGUCCCCUUGUACGACAAGAUAUCCAAGAAUUCUUAGACGCAAGAACUAUCACUAUUGUCCAUCCUAGAAAACUCGAGAAUAAUGUCAAUGUUAUAAUCCCUCUGUUUAACAUUCCUGAACCCUUGGAGAAUACAUUCGAUAGCCGCAACUCUAUGAUUUCUAAUUUGGUCAUCUAUUUUCCAGGUCCAGCUCUUUACCAAUAUGACAAAGCCGUGCUCUACAAGUACCAAGCUACCAUGAUCAAAGAUGGAAAUGAGGUUCCUCUACCCUCUAUGUCUUCCGUCGAUAACAUUGUCGAUGUAAGUGGGGUCACGAGAAGCAGAAGUGUAUUCGCUACGGUACCGCCAAGAAAUGUUGAAGCUUCAGUUGGGAAGAAAAUACAGGUUGAGGCACCAAUUGUGAAUAAUAAACUUGAUGUUGUGGAAGAGUCCAUUGGGGCUAAUAUCAAUUCAAAAUUUGACGAGGUUUUGACAUUGAUCAAGAAGAGCGAAUACAAAAUUGUAGAUCAGCUCCUGCAAACCCCUUCCAAGAUAUCUGUUUUAUCCUUGCUGAUGAGUUCUGAGGCUCAUAGGGAGGCUCUACAAAAGAUUCUUGAUCAAACGUAUGUUGACCAUGACGUAAUGAUUGACCAAUUUGACAACAUCGUCGCCAACAUAACUGCCUGCAAUAAUUUGAGUUUCAGUAUUGAAGAACUCUCAAUAGAAGGCAAGAAUCACAACACGACUUUGCAUAUUUCCAUAAAUUGCCUUACUGAAUCUCUAUCUAGUGUGUUGGUAGACACACGGUCUUCACUCAAUGUCAUGCCAAAAUCAACCUUGUAUAGAUUGACUUUUCAAGGAGCUCCUAUGAGACCUAGUGGGGUUAUUGUUAAAGCUUUUGACGACUCUAGAAAGACUGUCAUCAACGAGGUGGAUCUAUCCAUGACCAUUGGCCCACAUACCUUUCAAAUCACCUUUCAAGUGAUGGACAUCCAUGCUUUUUACAAUUGUAUGUUGGGUCGCCCGUGGAUCCAUGAGGCAAUGGCUGUCACUUUAAAUCUUCACCAGAGGCUCAAGUUUGUAAGGAAGGGGAAACUAGUCACAAUAUACGGAGAAAAAGCUUUAGUAGUGAGUCACCUAUCGUCAUUUUCUUUUGUUGAUGUCGAGGACGAGGUUGGAACCCAAUUUUAA